AUGCAUCCAUUCCAGUUCACAUCAAUACUAUCAGCCAAAGGAACUAUAGUAGAGAGCGGUCGACGAUUGGUGCCAACGCAGCUAGGAAUAUCUCUUGUUCAUGGCUAUUGGCGAGUGGACAGAGAACUUGUUCUGCCAACAAUGAGGGCGGAAGUUGAAACUCAACUUAACCUCAUCGCUCAAGGAAAAGCUAACUAUCAAGCG